AUGGUUCCGGCAACCAACAGAGGAAAUGUGGAGGAGGAGGAGGAGGAAGCGGCAGAUGCAGCAGCAGGUCUUGUUUCAGAAGAAGCAUUGGAUUCUGCAACCAAUGAGGCAGCACAGGAGAGGAUGCUUGGAAUCACAACUCCAGCAGUAGCAGCAGCCACCGUCACCAUUGCAUCUGCUCCCUCAUCACCCAUUUUGGAAUUGAAUGUAAUCGAAACAUUCCUGCUGGGUGAAAUGCCUCAGCAGCAGCAGCAGCCGGAAAGGGUUUUCAACGCCAGCAGCAGCAUACAGGGUGAAUCGGUCUGGGCACCUGACCAGGAUGUUGCGUGUGCUACAGGAGUCAAUACAUGUGCCACCCCUGCUGGCCAGCCUGGCAUUGACAACUACCAAUGCUGCAGCGUGAAUUGGGAUGGCACUGCAGUUCUUUCCCCCUUGGCUGAUUCGUUUCCUCCUGCUCCCGGUGCAGGAGCAGCACAGGAACUGCUUCCCCCUGCUGCUGUGCCUCCUGAUGUGGUUGAUCUGGUUUUUGAGAAUUCUCAAAAACCAGCAGGAGCAGCACAGGAACCGCUCCCUCCUGCUGCUGUACCUUCUGACAUGGUUGAGCCUGGCUCAAUGCCGUCUACUGUUAGCAUGUCAGCGCCCUCUCUGCUCUCAUCUCAGUUAACCCACCCUAACCCCUCAAACUUCCGUGCAAACCCCUUGCAAGUUGCCACUCCUACUGCCACUGCGCAAGAACCAAUGCUGUCUACUGUUAGCAUGCCAGCGCCCUCUCUGCUCUCAUCUCAGUUAACCCACCCUAACCCCUCAAACUUCCAUGCAAAGCCCUUGCAAGUUGCCACUCCUACUGCCACUGCGCAAGCACCAAUGCCGUCUACUGUUAGCAUGUCAACGCCCUCUCUGCUCUCAUCUCAGUUAACCCACCCCGACCACUCAAAUUACCAUGCGAACCCCUUGCAAGUUGCCACUCCUACUGCCACUGCGCAAGCACCAAUGACGUCUACUGUCAGCAUGUCAGCGCCCUCUCUGCUCUCAUCUCAGUUAACCCACCCUAACCCCUCAAACUUCCAUGCAAACCCCUUGCAAGUUGCCACUCCUACUGCCACUGCGCAAGCACCAAUGCCGUCUACUGUCAGCAUGUCAACGCCCUCUCUGCUCUCACCAGUGCCUUCAUAUGCUGCUGCUACGCCUCCCUCCAUUGACCCUUUUGCUACUUCUCCGUCCGUUGCUGCUGCUCCUCCCGCUGUCACUCCUGCUCCUGCAUCUGCUGUUGCUGUGUAUUCUCUGGGGUGCAUCCCUUUUCCACAACCCAGGGGCAGAGAGGCUGUGAGCAGAGAGGCUGUUGCUGUCGAUUUUCUGGGGUGCAUAUUUCUCCCAGAACCCAGGGGCAGUGAGGCUGUGAGCAUGGAGGGGUGUUUGAAACCAGACGAGCUGUUUGAAGCGUGGUGCAACGGAUCCUUCACCCGAGUACUUCACGGCUUCUAG